UAACAUGACAGCCAUGAUUGUGAAAAUCUAUUUCCUCAGAAUCCGUUACGGCUGUACGUGCCGUUCAAGGCGUGGGACCUGAUGUACCUGGCCGGCUGGCUCACAACGGGCUCUGUUCCUGGUGGGAAGGGGUGCAAAGCCAAAAACCUGAACACAUGUGAAUGGCACACACGGGGACCAGACCUAAACUCUACCAACGUGAAGAUCGUCCAUCCGGACUUCCUGCGGUACAUCUACGCCAAUUUCCUGAACGCCACAGGGCUCAGGCCGACCACGGGCGCCAUGACGGCUUUCCUGGCCAUACAGCUGUGCGACUACGUAGGGCUGUACGGGUACGGGUACGAUCCGCGGUUCACCCUACACUACUAUGACAAGACCAAGUUCAACGCCAGCCGACCAUGGAGAGGCGCAUGUCACGACUUCAACAACGAGAGAGAGCUGUGGAAACGGCUUAGCGAAGAAAAAGUUGUUUACUGGUUCAAAAGAGAUUGAACCAAUGAGCCAUGGCCAUACUUGGCUGUCUAGUAAGAGAAGUAAGAACAAUUACGUUCAACAGCAAGAUAGAGAGCUAUGGAAAAUGGCUAAGCGAAGAAAAAUUUGUUUACUUUGUGUAAGAGUAAAGUAAAGGAAAGGCGUGACAGCAAAGGUAAAUACUAGUACAUGUACUUAGUAGGCAUCCUUCCAUCUUAGUAUGUUCCAAACUAGAUUAUUCAUUAACAAUCUGAGACCCUCACAGUCUCAAACACGCACAAACAGUCUAAACUGUCAGGAUAAGUUAUUCUCCACGUACUAUUACCGAAACUCAUGACAGACACACACACAAACACGCUGAAAAGUAUAACUGCGAGUUCUGAACACAUCCCCAGCAAAAAAUAAGAUUCAAGAUUCGCCCAUCCCUGACUUUUUACGUUCAUGAAUAUUCAUGAAUACUCGUAACGUCAAUGUUUGUUUUAUUUGGAUGUCCAUUGGUGUCGUGAUAACGAUAUACAUGUAUAUCGUUCCACUUUUCUUCCUAGAGUCCGUACAUUACAGGUACAAUAAAAUGAAAUGUAAGAA